GCUACGUCGUCUUAGAGAGAGAGAAUCUAUGUGCUUGCGCAAAAUGGCGGUGCCCCCAUAUUUACUGUUCUCUGGCCACAGUACGUUCAGUUAAAGUUUAACCAGAAAGGUCAUUCAUUUAAGUUCACAUUUCGCCGGCAGCAUCCUCACAAGCGCCGGAGGAGAGGAGCCAAAAAGACAAAGUCUUGCCUUCAUAAAUAAAUGUGUCAAAGGAAUGAGGAUGGGCAGGAAAUAAAUGGAAUGGAGCGAGAGGAAUUGUCUGCAGUGCAGGAGCAGGAACGCAUGGACGUGUUGUACAAAAUCCAACGUCCGGUCUACAAUGAAGCCCACCUCAGAUCGCAGCUUCUCCACCGCAAAGAGAGAACGUCCACCUUGGGACAGAAGCUGGCGCUGUGGUUCCAGUGUUCGUCUCAGCGGGUAAAGGCUGCAAUUUUGAGCUUCUUGCCUUUUCUCACGUGGCUGCCAAACUACCCGGUCAAAGAAUACCUGUUCCACGAUGUGGUCUCGGGUCUCAGCACAGGAGUUGUGCAACUCCCUCAAGGUCUCGCCUAUGCUAUGCUGGCUGCCGUGCCUCCAGUAUAUGGUCUUUACUCCUCGUUCUACCCGGUCUUGCUCUACGUCUUCUUUGGCACAUCCAGACACGUAUCAGUUGGCACCUUUUCGGUUAUAAGUCUGAUGAUUGGCAGCGUAGCAGUCCGGGAGGUUCCAGAUUCGAUGUUUUCCAUGUCGCCUACAAAUAGCUCCAACGAGACCAGCAUUCCAAAUGAGGAACUUCGUGACAGGAGGAUCCAAGUGGCUGCGAUGCUCACAUUCCUCGUGGGAAUCAUCCAGGUGGCUUUAGGUUUUCUCAGGUUUGGCUUUGUGGCCAUCUACUUCACGGAGCCCCUGGUGCGAGGCUUCACCACAGCCGCCGCCAUGCAUGUGGUGAUCUCCCAGUUAAAAUACCUCCUCGGAGUGAAGACAAAGCGUUUUAGUGGGAUUCUCUCUGCUGUUUAUAGCGUCAAGGCCGUCCUCAGUGACAUAACGAGCACCAAUGUCACCGCUCUCAUCCUGGGCCUUGUGUGUCUGGUUUUGCUGUACGGGGUCAAACAGAUAAAUGAGCGCUUCAAGAAGAAAAUAGCCAUUCCUAUCCCCGGAGAGAUUAUCGUGGUCAUUGUGUCCACCGGGAUCUCUUAUGGCAUGGCAUUGGCAGAUACCUACGACGUGGAUGUGGUUGGUGAGAUUCCAACUGGGCUCGUCCCGCCUGUUGCCCCGGCGAUCUCUCUGUUGCCUCGUUUGGUCACUGACGCCUUCGCCAUUGCGGUGGUAGGCUUCUCCAUGGGAAUCUCUCUGGCCAAAAUAUUCGCCCUGAAGCACAACUACGGCGUGGAUAGUAACCAGGAGCUGAUAGCCCUGGGUCUAUGUAACUUCAUCGGCUCCUUCUUCCAAACCUUCACCAUCACUUGCUCCAUGUCAAGAAGCCUGGUGCAGGAUAGCACGGGGGGGAAAACACAGAUUGCAGGACUUGUGGCGUCUCUCCUGGUGCUGCUGGUGAUCGUCGCCAUUGGUUUUCUUUUUGAGCCCCUCCCACAGACUGCAUUGGCAGCCAUCAUCAUGGUCAACCUACUAGGCAUGUUCAAACAGUUCGGAGACAUCCCGGUGCUGUGGAGAACCAGCAAGAUAGAACUGGCUAUCUGGUUGGUGGCCUUUGUGGCAUCGCUGCUGUUAGGCUUGGACUAUGGCCUCCUGUUGGCCAUUGCAUUUGCCUUACUGACCAUCGUCUAUAGAACGCAGAGCCCCAAAAAUGUUGUCCUUGGUAGUGUUUCUGGCACGGGGCUGUACUAUGAUGUGGAUGAAUAUGAAGAGGCGAUGGAAUGUGAGGGGAUUAAGAUUUUCCAGUCUACCUCAUCAAUCUACUUUGCCAACUGUGACCUUUAUGUGAGCACCCUCAAAGAAAAGACGGGUGUAUACCCAGAACGCGUUCAAGCUGCCAGAAAAGCUCAGAAAAAACAAAAACAAAAGCAGAAGGCAAACAUGAACGUGACGCUGAAGGGACAUGUUGAGGACAAGGAACAAGGCGUGACCCAUGAGGUUUUGUCCUACAACCUAGCAGUAGAACAAAUAAACGGGCAACCGCGAGACGGAACUAACGAGUCGGACACUGAGGAGGCGGUCUUCCUUCGCUCUGGCGUCGGCGUCCACUCCAUCAUCCUGGACUGGACACACGCGAGCUUUAUUGACUCCGUGGGAGCUAAAGCCAUCAAACAGAUAAUUAAGGACUAUGCGGCAGUGGAUGUCCGAGUUGUCAUAGCUGGCUGCAACAGAAGUCUUCUCUCUGAGCUGGAUGAGUUGCAGUUCUUCUCCGGAAUCGUCAGCCCCGAGAUGGUGUUCCCCACCCUUCAUGACGCUGUGCUGUACUGUCAACAGUCGCUACCCGCCCGAUACGGCAACACACGUCAUCCGACAGAAGGGCAGUGAAGAUGGUUGGUAUGGAAUAGAACGAUUAUUGCACUGGUGAUUGCUCUUUUUGCACUCUCAAAGAAGCGCUCCAUCGGUUAGUAAGCCUGUUUAAAAAAAAAAAAUACACCUCAAAUGCAGGGUGAAAAAACAAAAAAAGACUUGUCAGGAUUUGAAUGAAACUUAAGACAGAUGUUACGUAUUGUUACCACAGUGUUGCACGGUGAUUGUCUGUGUUUAAAGCAGGGGCGUCCAAUCGUUAUGCUGGAAAAUCAAAGCUAUGGGCGGGGGGGCCAUUUUGAUAUUUAUUUUGCAAUAUGGAUAAAAAAAAAAAGACGUUUUGUAUCACCGGUGUGAAUGUCAUUACAUUUUUGUUUAUUUUUUCUGUGGGCUUUCUGCGGGCUGCAAACGGUCCCCUGAGCCGCAUUCUGGACACCCCUGCUUUAAAGGCUGCAAACGUCCCAUCAAUUGCAAUGCCAACUUUGCUGAGACCCGUUUAUGUUGACGCCCCUCAGGCUGACAUUGACAUAAGCGGUUAUUGACAAUUGAAAAGACGUUUGUACAUUUACUUGUGAUUUUACUGUCAGACAUACUGUAUAUUGAAUAAAGGAUUUAUAGCA